AUGGAGGAGCAGGAAGAAGGUGAGGGGCAGGUGGAGGAGGAGGAGGAGGAAUGUCCUAUCUGUGCUGAGCCUUACGGGCCUAGUGAGCACCACUUGACCCUGCUCAACUGUGGUCACAGCCUAUGUGUGGACUGCCUGCACCAGCUGUUAGGCAUGACCCCCAGAGCUGACCUGGGCCGAGUAUGCUGUCCACUGUGUCGUCAGAAGACACCCAUGCUAGAGUGGGAGAUCUGUCAGCUGCAGGAGGAACUGCUUCGAGCUGAUGGACCCCAGCGCCAAAUGCCCACUGCAUCCAUCACAACCCUGCAUCCUGGCCCUUGGCCCUGGGGGCCCUUAGAGCACCGCUACCAGCUGCGCUUCCUGGCAGGGCCUGUGGGAGGACGGAGCUGUCUCCCCUUCCUGCCCUGCCCUCCCAGCCUAGGUUCCUGGUUGUGGACACUGCGGGAACGUGGUCCCUGUGCCCGCCGCUUGUCACUGCUGAGCCUCCUGGUACUUGAACUGCUAGGGCUGGUGGUCAUCUUCAUGCCACUCGUGUUACUUGGGGUGCUCUUCAUGCUGCUCAACCGUUCCAACCACUAAGCAGAGCCCAUAAUGUUGGCCAAGCUUUGAAGUCCAUGCUCAGAUUCUGGUAAUCAGCAAAGACUUGUUAUCACCAAGACCAGAUAUGCCUAAGAGCCUGAGCCAGCCAGACUGUCUACAGACCCGUGCAGCCUAGGUACUGGCUAAAGCCAAGGACACAAGGACAGCCUCUGAAGGAGCUUGGCCUGGCAGGAAGAGCUGUGAAAAGAACCGGAUGUGCUUGCUGUGGACAGGCACUUCACUGGCCACACCCAGAAGCUGGGCUAUACCUCCAGCUCAGCAUCCAACUAGUGAGGGUGGACACAAAUGUGUGAUCUUAGCAGUGAUUCUGUUUAUCAUGAGAUGUGUUUAUUGGAGAAGGAAAGGGCUGCAGAGACACUCACUUGCUCCAGACGGAAGCUGGUGUGUGUCCCUGACAGCAGUGGCAGCAGCCACAAUAACUACACAAACCAGCCUUCAGAAGCUCCCCAUCCAACCUAAGAUUCUCUCACCAGAGAAGGUAGCCCAGAGCAGCUGGGAUCAAUAUUGCCCUUGUAUUGCAAGGGUCCAUCCACACCCUGAAGCCUCCAAAUGCCCAAGGUCCAGCUCUGUUCCUAACUGACUCUGCAGUUCAUGUCCCUGGACCAGGAGCCCUCACUCGGGAGAUGCAGACAAACGUAAGCUCAUUUCAUGGUUCCUGGGGGACACAAUGUAGGGUGUGAUGUUUCGGACUGAGUGCUGUAUAACAAGUGUAAGAAAGGCUCUCAAAGGCCAGGCAGUGGUGCCACUCUUGGGAGGCAGAGGCAGGCAGAUUUCUGAGUUCAAAGCCUGCCUGGUGUACAGAGUGAGUUCCAGGACAGCCAGGGGUAUACAGAGAAACCCUGUCUCAAAAAAACAAAAAUAAACAAAAAGGCUCUCAAUAAA